CGUCAUUUUCCCGCGCCUCUUGUUUCUGGUAGUUCUAAAAGUUCGAGUAACAUGCUUGUGUAUCAUUAGACAAGGUCAGCACGCACAGGCGAUUGUUAUGUCUCAGCCAUGGCGCUGUCCUACCGUUUUGCUUUGUAUUUACGGGUUUUUCUGCAGUCACAGACCUCUGGAACCAUUUUUAAUUCCAUUUUUGAUGGGACCUGACAAAAACCUAACAGAGACCGAGGUUGUGAAUGAAAUUUACCCAUUCUGGACAUAUUCCUACCUCAUCCUAUUGUUUCCUGUUUUCCUGGCCACGGACUACCUGCGUUACAAACCCGUACUCAUUCUCCAGGCAGCCAGCUUCAUAGUGACUUACUCUAUGCUCGUGAAGGCCCAGGGUGUGCCUGCAAUGCAGUUGUUGGAGUUCUUUUUUGGUUUAGCGACUGCCACUGAAGUAGCCUACUACUCGUACAUCUACAGUGUUGUGGAUCCAUCUCAUUAUCAGACUGUGACCGGUCUUUGUCGCAGUGUCACGCUGUUGGGCUCGGCCAUAGGCUCAUUAACUGGACAGAUUCUGGUGUCUGUGGCCCAUGUGCGUCUCUUUUACCUGAGUGUCAUCACACUGGCAUCUUCCUGCAUAGCUUUUGUCGCGCCUUUGUUUUUGCCGUUGCCCAGCAAGAGUCUGUUCUUUCACCAGAGAGAGGGCAGCGCUCAGGACGAAGCAUCUCUUGAACCCAUGAACGGCAGUCAGUUGCAUGGCACGUUUGUGGAUUCAGAGGCCGAAAUGCAACCUGGGGCACAUGAAAGAACGGCUAUGAUGGACGGAAAAAGCAGUAGUGGAUUACUGGAAGUUUUGAAAAUGCUCUGGACAGACUUCCUGCAGUGUUACUCCUCCUCCACACUUCUGACCUGGUCGGUAUGGUGGGCUUUGUCUACGUGCGGUUACUUGCAGGUGAUUAACUAUGCUCAGGCACUGUGGGAGAAAAUCUUGUCAUCCAGUGAUCAUCAGAUCUACAACGGCUUCGUGGAGACCAUUUCUACAUUGCUUGGUGCCUUUGCAGCAUUUGUGGUUAGCUUUAUAAAGGUGUCGUGGGCAAUGUGGGGAGAACUGGCUCUCUUUAUUUUCUCUGUGGUCAUCGCAGUGUCUGUGUAUCUCAUGGUCACCAUCAGAAAUAUCUGGGUGUGCUACACCUCCUACUUGCUGUUCAGAGCUACCUAUAUGCUGCUCAUCACCAUAGCAACGUAUCAGAUUGCUGCUAAUCUAAGCAUGAAACGUUACGCUUUGGUGUUCGGAGUGAACACUUUCAUUGCCCUGUUUCUGCAAACGCUGCUUACUGUGAUUGUGGUAGAUUCUGCUGGUUUGGGACUGGAUAUUUUCCCGCAGUUUUUGAUCUAUGCUUGUUACUUCACUGGAGUGGCUGUGGUUUUCUUCAUCGCCUGGUUGUAUAAACUAGUCAAAAGGAGAAGAUCUGGAGAACAGGCUGACAGUGGACAGAAUUCAUCUGCCUCGAAAGAUGACAACACCUCACUCACGAAACAUAUCAGACAUGUUUCAGAGGCCUGAAUCAUCUCAGCAUUCAAAUCAGCAUUCCAGUGUUUUCUGCACUAGAUUAUGAAGUAAAAAUGUGUGUGAUUGUAUUCAGUAGUUAAGUUGCGUCGCCGUCAAUGCAUCAAAACUAUUUAAAAAGUGUUUCAACAGGUCAAAAAUAUUAGCAUUUCCAAAUCAGUAACACUUGAUGUAUCCGGCUUUAUAUUUUUAGCAGUGUUGAUGUGAAUGAUUCUCAUAUUUGACUGCACAAAUACAGGAUACACUGUAAGUGACAAUUUAUGGGUCAACUAUUGAACCUAGUUAAUUUAUUGCACAAAUGAACAAAUUGCUCUUAUUUAAAUCUCACCAUUACAAUGCCUUAUUUCAUUGCUGAAACUUGAAACUAAGCACCUUUUGCCAAAAAAUAAUCGUUUGUUUGUAUGGCAGAAGGAAACAAAAAAGGCAAUCCUCAAUGUUCAGCUAUUAAAAUCCAGAGUGUGUGAAUGCGAGAGGCUCAACUUCAGUAUAUGCCAAACAAAAUAGUAUGUUAGCCGGUUUUUUUUUUUCAUUUCCUGUUGGAUUUGACGUUUUCCAGCUCUGGAAAAUUUCGUAGUCCAGUGGACAACACCUGAUCUAACAGAUAAUGCAUGGGCAUCAAACUUAAAUAUACAAAAUGUAGGCGAUUUAAAAACAAUGGCCGAAUGGGUAACUUUGUAGUAAAAGUUGUAGCCUGAAGUACCAUGUCACUUAGUAGGGUCCAGUUUGGGACCAAAUUUUUGUUUGUAAUUAUUUCUAUAGGCCACUUUACAAGAUGUAAAUACUGGUGUAGAAACACUUCCUGUUGUAGUUUUCAUUUGUUAUAUAUAUUUUUUUAUCUUGCAUGUAUAAUAAAUUCUUUAAAAUAUUUGUUUAACGUUUGGAUUUCGUUAUUAGUGUUCUGUUGGUUGUAUUCAAUUGUUUGUUUAGUGUUAAAAAAACUAAAACAGGAAGUUCUUCUGGACCAGAGUUGUUUAUGUCUUCCUAAGUGGUCUAUAUUCCUAAUUUUUGAACAAGGAAUAUUUAAAGAAAAAUACUUCCAAAUCCAAACAAUGUUAUUUCUUGUGUUUCAUAAUUUGAAGACAUGUCAUGUAUGAAUUUGUAAUGGAAUCACACCUUAAUGGGAUUGUGCACAAAUUAAGGGUUGGGUAAUAUGUUUCUGGUUUAAGAACAAAGAAUUCAAGGUCAUGGUAUUAUGACCUUAUUAUAUUUUACAAAUAAAUGUGUCAGUUUAAGGUUAAGACCUUUGACAUUAGCAGGCCCAAAUCCCCAUUGUAUGGGGCAUAUACAGAAAUCAUACUUUCAUAUUAUGUUAAAUAACACAUGCAUUAAAAAACAUUGUAUACCGAAAAA